AUGGGCCGCGUUAUCCGAGCACAGAGGAAAUGUGGUGGAAUUUUUAGAGCUCAUCAAAGACUAAGAAAAGGUGCAGCAAAACAUCGAGUUUUGGAUUAUACAGAAAAGCAUGGAUACUGCCGUGGCAUUGUGAAAGAGAUUAUUCAUGAUCCUGGACGAGGAGCACCUUUAGCUAAAGUUGUCUUUCGAGAUCCAUAUAGAUACAAAAAAUGUGUAGAAACCUUUAUUGCCAAUGAAGGAAUGUAUUCAGGGCAAUUUAUAUAUGUUGGGAAGAAGGCAUCUUUAUCAAUUGGAAAUGUUCUUCCUCUAGGGAACAUGCCUGAAGGAACAAUAGUUAGUAAUGUUGAAGAAAAAACAGGAGAUCGAGGUGCAUUAGGACGGGCUUCAGGAAACUAUGUUAUUGUAAUUGGGCAUGACCCUGAUAAUGGGAAAACCCGUAUAAAGCUACCUUCAGGUGCAAAAAAAGUAGUUAGUUCUUCAUGCCGUGGUAUGAUUGGUGUUGUUGCAGGAGGAGGACGAAUUGAUAAACCAUUGCUUAAAGCUGGGAGGGCAUAUCAUAAAUAUAGAGUAAAGAGGAAUUGCUGGCCUAGAACAAGAGGUGUAGCAAUGAAUCCUGUUGAUCAUCCUUUUGGUGGUGGUAAUCAUCAACAUAUUGGGCAUGCAUCUACUGUAUCUCGUCAAGCACCGGCUGGUCAAAAAGUGGGUCUUAUUGCUGCCAGACGUACGGGUUUGCUACGUGGAAAUAUUAGGAAAAAAGAGCCAUGA